UUUCUUGCGACAGACAAAGAAAAGCAAGCUUGCACAAUUCUGAUCCCGCCAAACAUCCCGCACUGGAAAACAUCUCCCAGUCGCGGCCACCUGCUUUGUCCCCGCGCCAACCUGCUUUCGCUCGAGGCUCCUCGUCUCGCCAUCUUUCCUCAUCAACUUUGCUGCCACUCUUGCAGUUCGCAGUCGCGCAAUCCAGUCUUCUACUUUGGGCGACCGAAUCGCUCCAUCCCAGAAGCGUUGGAGCCGUGCAGUGUUUCGCACGAGACGCGCGCGCAUCGAUUGCCACCCACGAUUGAAACUGGCCUGUCGACUUUCCGUGCCGUUGAAGACCUUGACCGCCUGUCUUGCAUCUCGUCAAUCGUGAUUCCACGCGCUCUGCAAUAACCAUGGCCGAACAAGCCACCAGUCUCCAGGAGAUCCUGGCGCGCCUCGGCGCCGCGCAAUCGGGCCAGCCGCCUCCCCCAGGCAGCGCUAUGCCUGCGUAUCCUCCGUCGCAGCAGUCGUACCCGCCGCCCGCCGGCGCACCAUACGGCGCGCCUCCCGGCGCCUACCCCUACCCUCAGCCCUCUGCUAGCGGCAGUGUUGAUCUGUCAAAGGUAGCGCCCUACCAGUCGGGAACCGCGCCGGGCGCCAGCAGCAUCCAGGACGCCAUCGCCAGGGCGAGGAGUUUCGCGGCCGACCACGGCGCGACGCCAUACGAGCGCCCGCCCGGCUACGGCGGCGACAGGCCCGCAAGCGGCGGCCCGCCUAGGUACGGCAGGUCUCGCUCCCGGUCGCCAUCCCGGCGCGACGGGGACCCCCGUGGAAACUACAACCCCUACCGCGACGACAGGCGCGAGGACCGCGGGCGCGACGGCGGCUCUCGCGAUCGCGACCGGUCCUUCUCGCCUCGCGGACGCCGCGCCGCCGCCGCCGCCGGCGCUGGUGGCAACAUGUUCUCCCCACGUGGUGCCCACGGAGGCGCUCGCGAGCGGUCCCCACUCCGCGGCGACGACAACUCGGAGACGAUGCAGAUUGAGGGCAGUCUAGUUGGUCUUAUCAUCGGCCGGCAAGGCGAGAACCUCCGUCGCAUCGAAGGCGACACCCAGUGCCGGGUGCAGUUCCUACCGGCUUCGGCAUCCGAUGGCGACCACCGCCUGUGCAAGAUCACCGGCCCCCCACCCAGGCGUGCCGAGGCCCGCGCGGCCAUCAACCGCAUCAUUGACGACAGCGGCAUGACGCCCCUCAACAGGGGCGGUUUCGACCGCGGUGGCCGUGCCGAGCGCGGCGGUGCCGGUGCCAUGGUCGAGCCUAAGGAGGGCGAGGAGUGCCUCCAGAUCAUGGUCCCCGAUAGAACCGUGGGCCUGAUCAUUGGUCGCGGUGGCGAGACCAUCCGUGACCUCCAGGAACGAAGUGGCUGCCACAUUAACAUAGUCGGAGAGUCCAAGAGCGUCAACGGGUUGCGUCCAGUCAACCUGAUUGGUACCCAUGAGACCUCCAUGAGGGCCAAGAACCUCAUCAUGGAAAUAGUCGAGAGCGAUACGCGCAACGGCGGUCAAGCAGCUCCCGGCGGCCCGCCUCAUGGAGCGCCCCGUGGCCACCGCGGGGACCAGGGCGGUAUGGGUGGCGGCAUGGGCGGUGGCGACAGGAUCAACGACUCCAUCUACGUACCGUCUGACGCCGUUGGCAUGAUCAUCGGCAAAGGCGGCGAGACCAUCAGGGAGAUGCAAAGCAGCACAGGAUGCAAAAUCAACGUCUCGCAGUCGUCCGGUCCUAACGAGACGGAGCGCGAGAUCGGCCUAGUCGGCAGCCGCGACUCCAUCGAGAGGGCCAAGCGCGCCAUCGAAGACAAGGUCGAGACGGUCCGACAGAAGAACAGUGGUGGUGGUGGUGGUGGUGGUGGAUUCCGUGGUGGUCGUGGUGCCCACAGAGACUACGACAGCCCGAACUAUGGCCAACCCUCUAACCACAGCGCAGCACAACCCCAGCAACCUCCAGCCAUCCAGGCGGCGCCGGGACAGCCGGCCCCUGCCGCCGGUGGUCCUGACCCCUAUGCAGCCUACGGUGGCUACCAAGCAUACGCUGCUCUUUGGUUUCAGGCAGCCAUGGCGCAGCAAGCCCAGCAGUCUGGCCAGACGGCCGACGGGGACAAGAAGAACCCGCCUGGAACAUCGUGAUGUCUCAGUGCACGCUCACCCCCACCGACUUGACGCCUCGCAGGUGCUUCUUGAUGCAGUGAUGCUCGAUGAAACGCUUGACAUGCGACUCUCUGCCUGCCUGUCUGUCUGUCUGUCUGUCUGCCUGCCUGCCCGCUGCUGCCUGCCUACGACGUCGUCUUAUAACUUGGACCGCCAUGACCGUGCGUGCGCGCAACGACUAUAUAACCGACCUCAUGAACGCUCCGCCACUUGUACCAGUACUACGCCUCACUUCCUUGUUACGAGUCUUUGGCCUCCGUUUCUUCUUCACCUUUUUCUUUGCAUCUACGCUCGCAUCUACGAGAUACCCCUGCACGCCACACAUUUCCCCCUCCCUUUUUUGCGCCAUGCGUCGUGAGCGUCUCGUGCGUGACCUGGCCGUUGUCUGGCCGUUGUCUCGCUCGACGCCCCAAGUCCUGCCCGCGUCUUGGAUGGAGUGUCUCUCUGCUGAUUUGUCGCCUGCGCCACUGCUUCGUCCACUGGUCGUAGACCUGGCCCCAGACGCCCAUGACCAUGAUCAUGGAUUAUGUCGGGGGUCUUGACAACUGGUGACAUCUGCUGUUGCUGUUGCGGCUGGCCAAGCCAAGCCAACCGACAAAGACAACGGCAAUGGGCCGACCCAUCAUCUUGUCAAACGUGGGCUCCGGACAUAUUCUUCACUUCGCUUCUCAUCACCCCGGCAACCAUCUCCUGGCGUCUAUAUGGAACAUGCAUGGGAGCCAACCUCCCACCAGGUCUGCGCCCAUCACGGUACCCCUGGAUUGCUAAUACUGCCUGGUUCCACGCCGGCAAGAGCGUCUCGUUUCUGCCCCUGGCUACCAUGACGAACAUGGGCAAACGCAGAUGGAUGACACCUUCAGCGUGCCUGAUCGCAUGCCGUCUCCGUUACUGGCCUGAUCCCGUCACCGGUGCCCUCUAUUGAGGGGAGCGCCUCUGGCCCAUGCUCAAAACGCUGCUGUCACUACACAUGCUAUGCAAAAAGGGGGCAACUAACGUCUGUGAAGGCCUCUCUUCCUCCACCUUUAUUCCAUUUGCGUUAAUUAUAACUGCCGUGGGGAUUACUUGGACGGGGAUUUUUUCUUCCUUUCUUUUAUUAUUUUCCUUUUCUUUAUUAUCCCUGCUUUUACGUCGGUUCUGCGUCUUUCUGGACAACGACUAGCGUUUCGGAGGUCAGACCGCCCCUCAAUCUUCUUUGCAAACCUUCUCGUUCGAACCAAGGCAUUUAUCCCAACUUGCUCGGAAGUGGGUACGGUUUUUUUUUUCUCUUUUUUUUCCUCACCAUAUUUUCCUUAUCUGUGUGUUUUUCCUUUUGUCCUUAUGUUUGCCGUUUAGAUAAGUCCCUGAUGGCUUCUGCGCGACAAAGCCUCAGGACCGAAGAUGGGAUUUCACCGGUGGAAUGGGGUAUAGGGGCCACGAAAAGUAUCGUCAUCUUUAUGCGCAGACAACAGAGGUUUCUUUUGCUA